AGUCUCCGGGCUCGGCUCCCUGCCCACUGGGCACGGAACCGGGCAGGGGGCGUGGCCCGGGCCGGAGCUGUCCGGGUCUACACCGGGGACCCCUGGCGGUCGCGGCGCCCCCUCGCGGCCCAGACCAGAGCGUGUCCAGCGGGCUCCCGCUUCCGCAUUGCGGGCAGGAGGCCGCGCGUCUGCAGCACGGGGAUAGGGGCCCUGGGGAGCAGCUGGACCUGCUCUCUCCCAGUAUCGGCGCCGCCCAUGGCCGAGGUUCUCGAGCCAGACCUGGGGACAGCCGAGGUCGCGGAGGAGCAGGCGGUGGAGACGCCGGACUGGAAGGCCCCGGACGACGCGGGCUCGCAGGCCGGAAGUUAUGAGACCCGACACUAUGGGCCAGCCAAGUGGGUCAGCACUAGUGUUGAAUCUAAGGACUGGGAUUCAGCCAUCCAGACUGGCUUCACAAAGCUGAACAGCUACAUUCAAGGCAAAAACGAGAAAGAGAUGAAAAUAAAGAUGACAGCUCCAGUGACAAGCUUCGUAGAGCCUGGCUCCGGUCCUUUUAGUGAAUCUACCAUUACCAUCUCCCUAUACAUCCCCUCGGAACAGCAAUCUGAUCCACCGCGGCCUUCAGAGUCAGAUGUCUUCAUUGAAGACAGAGCUGAAAUGACUGUGUUUGUGCGGUCUUUCGAUGGAUUCUCUAGUGCCCAGAAGAAUCAAGAACAGCUUUUGACAUUAGCAAGCAUUUUGAGGGAAGAAGGGAAAGUUUUUGACGAAAAGGUUUUCUAUACCGCGGGCUACAACAGUCCUUUCAAAUUGCUCAACAGAAACAAUGAAGUGUGGUUGAUACAGAAGAGUGAACCCUCCAAAGUUCUUGAAUGAGAAAGUGAAAGGAAGUUCAUUGCCUGGGGCACGCCUUUGCUCUAAUUGCAGACAUCAACCCCUCCUAGAAGUAAAGCUAUGUGCGGUAUCUUCUAACUUGAGAGUACCACUAUGAAUUGAGCUUAUUUCCAAUGUGCCUUCUUAAUGCUUGAAGCUUUGUUUAGAUAUUCAGAUAACAGGGGACAAAGUCUGUAAAUGUAAAUGGGUCACAAACUUCUGUCUUGUUCACAAUAUCACAAUUAUGUUGCCUUCUUCUGCUUGGAUUUGAGUCCAUGGAUGUUCUUCCUUCCAGAUAAUAUCAGUAAAGACAUUCAAGAUUUAUCCUGUGUGGAGCUAUGAGGCCAGCAGGCCUGGAGGCCUGGCGAGAGUCAGUUGGACACAAAAAUAAAUUGUCUUUUGCGGCUGCCA